AUGAAUGAAAAUACAACAAACACAAGUUUGAAGUUGAAGUUUGAACAGCGUAUCAACAUCAUGGCACACGGUGUUUACAAGGACAGUGCUGAGAGUAAUGGUGUUUACAAGGACAGUGCUGACAGUAUUGGUGUUUACAAUGACAGUGCUGACAGUAAUGGUGUUUACAAUGACAGUGCUGACAGUAAUGGUGUUUACAAUGACAGUGCUGACAAUAAUGGUGUUUACAAUGACAGUGCUGACAGUAAUGGUGUUUACAAGGACAGUGCUGACAGUAAUGGUGUUUACAAUGACAGUGCUGACAGUAAUGGUGUUUACAAUGACAGUGCUGACAGUAAUGGUGUUUACAAUGACAGUGCUGACAGUAAUGGUGUUUACAAUGACAGUGCUGACAGUAAUGGUGUUUACAAUGACAGUGCUGACAGUAAUGGUGUUUACAAUGACAGUGCUGACAGUAAUAGUGUUUACAAUGACAGUGCUGACAGUAAUGGUGUUUACAAUGACAGUGCUGACAGUAAUGGUGUUUACAAUGACAGUGCUGACAGUAAUGGUGUUUACAAUGACAGUGCUGACAGUAAUGGUGUUUACAAUGACAGUGCUGACAGUAAUGGUGUUUACAAUGACAGUGCUGACAGUAAUGGUGUUUACAAUGACUGUGCUGACAGUAAUGGUGUUUACAAUGACAGUGCUGACAGUAAUGGUGUUUACAAUGACAGUGCUGACAGUAAUGGUGUUUACAAUGACAGUGCUGACAGUAAUGGUGUUUACAAUGACAGUGCUGACAGUAAUGGUGUUUACAAUGACAGUGCUGACAGUAAUGGUGUUUACAAUGACAACUAA